UGAUCGAACUGCAUUUGUGAUCUGCCUCGAUCCCAUUGGGAAUUACCAAUGUUGGGUAUAUACUGUCUCUCUGGCUAGCUAGAUAGAACCAUGCGCCUGAUCGUUGCGCUUCUUGUGGAUUUCGUCCUUUGGCUCGGAAUCGAUAUUUUUAGUAGUGGUUCAUAUACUAGCCAUCCCCGCCGUGAUUCCAACAAGACUCUGCCACUUUGCGUCGUCAACGAUGAUGGCCUGAGCUGCAGCUACAAUGGACUUUGCGUCCGGUCCAACUGCAACACUCAAGAAACUCACUGCCUCUGUGAUCCGGGCUGGAAAGGAAUGUACUGUGAAGCACUGGAUUUGGUUCCCGUGGCAAAUGGCAGUGGACUCCAGGAUCUCUUGACCCAAAACCGGACAUCCACAUGGGGUGGCAGUGUCCUUUUUGACCAGGGUGUCUAUCACAUGUUCUUUAGUGAACUGGCCCAUCAUUGUGGCAUUCAUCGUUGGAUCUCUCAUUCCGUCGUCAGUCAUGCCGUCAGUGCCGGACCGGAGGACAACUGGAAAUUUCACAAAACCAAGACACUGCUGCCCAUUUUCUCGCAUGAACCCAUUGUGACAAGAGAUCCUUCCACUGGAGAACUGGGACUCUUUGUCUCGCAUUAUCCUCAUGGAUCAGCCGCAGACGACAAUGAUUCUACCUGCCACUGUGUCGAUGGCAGUACUUCUUCCGCACUGGAGAAACGUUGUAUCCAUGAACCGGGGUUGGGUCACAACAAAACCAUGUACACCUACUUUACCACGGCACAUCAGCCAACAGGACCCUGGUCGCCAUUGCAAUCGUUGGAACACGAAACACCCGAGGGGCAGAAACGGUUCGAUUUGAAUUUUGCGCCCCUCAUUCUACCUACUACUAAUCGAUCCUUGUCGUUGUUGGCUUGGACACGAUGGGAUAUUUGGACAGCCACGGACUGGAAGAAUCCUCACACAUACGUCCGACAAGGACCAGCACCCAACUUUAGUAAUCCACACGCCCAAUGGGAAGGAGAAGAUCCGUCCCUCUGGAGAGAUUCCAAGGGGCGAUUUCAUAUCCUCAGUCACAAUGGACCACGGGGAAUAGGAGGACCGGAAGGAGAUUGCGGUCGACACUUGUUUUCUGCCACUGGACAAGCAGGGAGUUGGUUGGCAGCACCGUUGCCAUUGGGGGGUUGUGCCUUUCCCAGAGUCAAUGUGAGCUUUGUGGAUGGUUCCUCUCGAACCUUUUAUCGUAGGGAACGACCACACUUGAUCUUUGGUCCACACGGUAGACCCGCGGCAUUGUCCACUUCUGUCAUUGACAGUCCCGUAGGACCUGGUGUACCAGGGUUCCAACCACCGCAACGAGAUGCUAGUUAUACGCUGGUUCAAGCCACCCACACUGGUAGGCACUUCGAUAGUACAGCAAGUGAAAAAGAUUCCUGCUAA